UCACCAUGAGGCGAUGGCGGCACCGCCGUGACAUCACCCCGAGGCUUAUAUAGUUGGGGAAGGGUCCGGGUCCACCAUCUGGUGCCUGCGGCCGCCCGCCAGUGUGUGUGCCGAGGCGCGGAGCGGCGGAGCUCUCUCUGUGUGUCUGUCUGUCUCUCUCUCCGUCUCUCCCCAGGAUUUAUGGACUUUACUUUCUAGAGAGUGGCGCGGCAAGGAUGAGACCCCAGCUGGUGUGCGUGGUGCUGCUGGCCUUGGCCUCCUGCAGCCUGUGCUCAGAUUCAGAAGAGGAAAUGAAAGCAUUAGAAGCAGAUUUAUUGACCAAUAUGUAUACAUCAAAGAUGAACAGAGCAAAACUUUCUUACUGGAAAGUGACCCUGCUAAAUGUCUGCAAUCUUAUCAACAACAUGAACAACCAGGUGGGGGAAACAGUAGAGGUAGAUGAUGAGGAUCUCAUUUCUGGAAGACAGUUCCCUGCUGCUCUGGAUGGCUUCAGCUUGGAAGCAAUGCUGACAGUGUAUCAACUCCAAAAAGUUUGCCACAGCAGAGCCUUUCAGCACUGGGAGUUACUUCAGCAAGACGCUUUUGAUCUAGAAAAUUCAAGCCAAGAAAAGGAAAUAAUGAAAAGAAAAAAUCCCUAUAUUCUGAAACGGCAACUACAUGUGAACAAAGCUAGAAGACCAUACAUACUCAAGAGAAGUUCAUAUUACUGAUGCAGCAGAGGAAAACAAUGUGUAUUUAGUUUAUAGGUAACUGUGUGUUAUAGUUAUCUUAUUUAACUUCAAAAUCAUACCUGUGUGAAAAUAUACUAUGGAAGAUCAUCAAGAAGAUAACAUAACUGUGUCUUUUUUGCAAUUGCUGUUACUUGAUUGUGAUUUUUUCCUACUUAAGAUUAAUUAGACCAAUACAUUUUCAAAUAAAUCUAGUUUCUAAGCAUGACGUAUUGUACACAAUUGAGAUUUCAACAUCUUUCCAACAAUAUAUCACUCUUUUCCUAUUUUAGAAAGUACACUGUCAUACACUGAGAAAAUGGAUACCAUCCAUAAAUCUUACUGAAAUUCUUAAAAAUUUCUUACUGAAACACCUCAAACAUGUAUAGGCUUGCAAGUUUUUAUAUGAUACAGUAGUCUGACCUGCCACAGCAUUUUAUAUAUUGUCUAGUUGAAAUUAUUAGGGAUCAGAUCUAAAUAAAGAAGGCAAUAUGGUCCACUAUUAAAUGGUAAGUCCAAAAUUCAUAUCUGAAAUGGCCUGCUUGUAAGCGAAUUUAAGUUCUUGAUUCCUAAUUUGUCUCUGAAGAGCCAUAAUUUAAGAAAAUACAGUAAUGAGACUUCAACAAAGUAUGUGACUUAAAGCAAAGGCACAUAUACUUCAGAAUUGCGGAUAUCAGUGGUUAAAUAAGGAAAAGAGUUUAAAUAAUCAGUAAACUAAUUUAUGGUGUUUACCUUAUACAUGAGUGCUCAGGAAAAAAAUAAAGACAAAAAAUAAAACAUGAUUCAUGCUUUUGUGGUGUUACUGGAAAAUCAGUAUACUAUAUAUCCAGUUAUAUGAGAAAUUUUGGAAAAAUAUUUGAAAGAGGACUUUAAGUAAGAACAACUUAAAUUUACUAUUGAAAUUCAUUUCCCUUUCUUUCCUCUACAAAUUCAUAAUGUCAAACAAGUAGUUCCAGGAGUUAAUAAUAGUCUCGGAAUUCCACAGACACAGGGAAGAUUUCAGCAUGAAAAGAGGUGUUUUCAACCUGUGAAGUACUCAAGAGCCACUGAAAAUUCAUGCUCCAUCCAUCCCAAAGUGUCUGAUCCUUAUAUCAAAUUUGGGAUCUCAUGCUCCCAGAUUUCAUCCUGGAAAAGAGUCUGAAAGAAUUGAAUGAAGAAACAGUUAAAUUAGAGUGCCAGUUCAUGAUCCCUUCCCAAGGGACGCCUUGAUUCCCAAACCAGGAUACCAAAAUGUCAGAAUAGACAUAGGUUUUGAAGUCUGCCUGUUUUCUGUUUGGCAUAUUUCCUCAGAAUGUUCCAACAAAUGGCCAGAAGAAAUCACUCGAGGAAUUACCAUAUGCUCUCAUACAUCAGAUUUUCUGUCAAGUACUGUUAAACAUAUAGUGGGAUACACAUGUAAUAACAUACCCAUACAAAUAGUUAUACCAAUGUUGAUACAUGGAGAGGGAUUUUUUUUUUUAACUGUAAAAAGUAUUUCCACUACUCCAAAGCUAAUUCUGUUUUCUUCCUGCAAAUGUUAUUAAUCAGUUUAUUUAUUGAGUAGGCCCUAAAAGCACGCAUUCACAAGAUAUAACUGAGCAUACACUAAUUACUACAAUAAUCAUAAUUUAAAACAGCUAAGUAUUUAAGCACAUUUUGUUUCAAUGAUUUAAAUGCUUAAUGAACUUAAGAGCUUUGCUUAAAUAUGGUUCCAACAGAGUCAUACCCUUUAAUUUUUUUUUUAUGAAAUGGUUGUAGAAUUAGACUAGUGACACAGUAUGCUCUCAAGUGAAGAACAUCCCUCUUUCUAAAAACCUACUAGCUCUGUAGUUCCAUUAUAACAGCUUAGAUUCCAAAUUACCUGUUGAUCUGAAGUAAUAAGGCAGAAUGGAGCUUGUUCUAAAAUUUACUGCAAGUAAUAUAUGAGGAAAAAAAUCCCUAGAUGGUCUUCAGAUGAUUAUUUUGUAGAGAACAGGAAAAAAAAAAUAAGUUGCCAAGGUAAUUUUUUCUGUGUGUUCAUUUUAAAAGCAUGAAGAGUUUUAGAAAGUAUUAUAAAGUAAUGUGACUGUCGUCUGAGAGAAAAUGCUAGAAUUUUCAGAAACACAAGCAAGCAUCUAUGUUUCAUUUUGCAGGUGAUUUAGAUACUCAGGGUGAUGGCAGUGGAUCUCCUAGGGUGCUCUACCUGUCUAGUGGAAAUAACCCUCUGACUGUGUGCUUGCUCCUUGCAAGUCACAGCAAACAGAUUAGCCAGGUACUCUGGCUAAAAAUGGCUUGAAAUAACCCAUUUACUUUCAGCACACUGAAUUCAUGCAGGGUCAGCUAUUAUGUGUCAGUGAGGGAGGCAGCUCUUAAAGUGUGACAGGGUAGCUUGUUAAACUGAUCCCUAGCAUUUGAUAGAGGUGUUCAGGGAUCUAUGAGAGGAGUGUCAUUCAGAAUGAGAGGAAGUCCUAACUAGAUGAGGAUACAAUAUCCCUGACUGUAGGAUGGUCAAAGAUACAAAAGCCAGUGCUGGCAUUUCAUGUUACUGGUCACUGGUGAAAAGCAAGCAUUAAGAUGUUAGAAAGCACACCAAAUCCUCACGAUUAAGUCAGAUAAACAGAGAUGUAAAGGGAUGUUUUGGUUGUCUGGGGAAUCUUUAUUUUCUUGAAAUUUCAUUUUAUUUUUAGCUAUUGCUACUUCCAGCUAACCUCGCUGCUGUGGAAUUGCAAACUUUCUUUAACCCUGCAAAGCAAAAAAAAAAUAGGCAGGCAGGCAUAUUUUUUUCUGUUUCCCUCAUUAUAUCAAUGAGGCUCUCAGGAUGUGAACGUUGGCCCUAGUUGUGUAUUGCCUGUAAAAACAUUAGUAUGAUUAGUAUGAAAACAUUAGAGUGGUAUUUAGAAUCAUAGAAUCAUAGAAUUGGUCAGGUUGGAAAAGACCUUAAAGAUCAUCAAGUUCAACUGCAACCUAACCAUUCUACCCUAACUUUAAAAACCCUCCGCUAAAUCAUGUCCCUGAACACCACAUCCAAACGGUUUUUAAACACAGUUCAGAGAUGGUGACUCAGCCACCUCCCCAAGCCUAUUCCAGUGCUUAAUAACUCUUUCUGUAAACAAGUUUUUCCUGAUAUCCAACCUAAGCCUCCCCUGGUGCAACUUGAGGCCAUUUCCCCUUGUCCUGUAUUUGCAGUAACAAUGGGCAAUAAAUGGACUUCAAGACAGAGGAGGCCCUCACAAUAUGAAAAAAUUUGUAAGCUCAGACAAGGCUUUUUUUUUUUUCUUCUUCUUUUUUCCCCUGAAGUUCAGAAUUGCCUCAUGUCUAAAAGUGUUGUUUUGAAGACCAUUAACUCAGAUUGUCACAAUGGCUUAAAUAAAUUACUUUGAUGUGGACUGUUUUAUUUUCCAAAAGGCAGUUACUGAGAAAUGUAUUCUUUGUCUCCAUAGAGGAGAACAUUUUUCCUACCUAGUCCAUUACUGAUGCUUAUAGAUGAAUAACUGUACUAAUUUCUCAGAAAUUUGAUACUUAAUUAUUUCAGAUAUUCCUCAGAUAUUGGAUAUUUUUCAUGCAGAUUAAUUGCAUAAAACUCUGAAUGAUUUCUAAUGUAGGAUUAAACAUAAUUGAGAUUUAAUUUGAUUUGGUAUAUUUUUCUAAUAGCUAUCCUCUAUAAAAACAAAAAUGUCCUAUACAAGAAAAGUUAAGCAUGCAUAAAAUAAUAAUUUAUAAUCUCUGAAACAUAUCUUUCUUUAAAAUAAAUAACAUAAAAAGUAAUAGUUACUUUUUUACCACUCUAUGGUGAUCAGCCUUUAGCUUUCUUGUGCAUUGUUUGUGAUAUAUAUCUUCUGUUUUCAGUCUUUUCUCAAUUGAAUCUCAGUUUUAGGGAAGAGUUCAAUGGCUGUGGUAUGAACAGAGUAGAUGAAACGGGUGGUUUUCAGAUUAAAUAGAUGGCUGAUUUAAUUUUGUGAUGCAUGAAUGUGGCUGUGCCUCAUGAUCUGCUCUUAACUAACACAGCCUCAAUCUUAGGCUGACUGAAGGCAAUCAUAAAACAGCAGUUUCAGAGAACCCUCUAAACAAAGGACAAUGACUUCUGUGACAUGACAGUAGGAAUCAAAAAUCAUGCCUUUCUGUCUAGUAAACAAAGAAAGUUGUGAGAGGGGCUGAUGUCCUCAAGAAACUGGAAAAUAAUAUUUUAAUAACUACAAAACUGAAGCAUUCAAAAGCCAUGAUUGCAAAAAUCUGCAAAGUUACAUUAAAAAUACUGAAUUCUAAAUAAAGUAUUAAAUAGAUCUCAAAUGAUUUUUAUUUUUUUCUUUUUACUGUACUGCCAAGAUACAUAAGAAACAAAUUUCUAAGCUUUGCCAGCAGGAGGAACUGAACAUAUUUGAUUGCUUUUUCUCAUUGCUACUGAAAUUUGAAAUUUUCAUCCAAUCUCUUGAACCUAGCUGGUAUCACUUUAAAGCAAAUACACAAAAUACAGCGUUGAUUAUCAGGUUUCAAAAGUUGCCAGAUUCAGGAUACUUGGGUUGGUCUGAGAAACACAGUACACAGGCAAUGGUCUGGACUAAAAUGAACAUCUAACUCUUCUGAAGCAGUAAUGUUGGGCAAUGACAUGGGAAACAUCCAAGAGCUUUUGAAGGGAGGCCAGAUAGAUAUUAAGAAACAUAAAGCCUUCAGAAGCUUCUUCUUGUCCAGCUAUUGUUUUCCGGGUAGAUGAGAAUGCACAUGUACAGACACUGUUUCAGGAAACUCCUCCUAGGCCCUUUUACAAAGGAAAACUUUAAGACUACACAUGAUUGCACUCAAAUUACCAAGGUAUAGCAUUUGUUUUUUACAGUCCUAUUGGGUCAGAUACUGAAUUGUUUUGACUCAAAAGAUGAAGUGCAAUAUUAGCCUAGCACUAUUUUCAAGCCUAUAAGCUCAGCUGAGGGAUAUGAAAGUUCUAAUAAGAAUGGUUUUAUCUAUUUUACUCUUGAAAUUCAGUUACAGAAGUGUUUUGUAGGAUGUGUGUCUUUUAUGUCUACAUAAUGGGCUUCUCAGACAUUCUAAGUAUUGCAUCCAUAAAUAUCUGCCAGCAGCAUGAGUACACUUGUCCAGAGAUAGUAUCUAAGCUACUUAGCAAAGUGUUGUCACAAAGUAUGUGAAUGAAAAACUGAUGUUUGUUUUUUUUUUACAUUUUCUACAUUGACUGGAGAAAUUCUAAUUAUUAUUAUUUUUAUGUUAUUAUAAUUUUAAUUAUUAUUAUUAUCAUUAUUAUCAUUAAUAUCAGGUGUUUUUUUUCCGAUUCACCAUUAAAAAAUCAAACCUGAUAUUUAUUUGUAAUCUUAUAUUUUAGAAAUUAAGACUUUUUUUUUUUUUUUCC